CCCAAGCGCAAGCAUCGCCAGCGAUCCCAACAGUCGUGUGUGAGCCUCAGAAAAGAUACAAACGCCUAUCUUCGAGACCGAAACCAUGGUGAAAAGUGAAAUGGAAUUCAAGAGCAACUUCUCCAUCGAUGCCAUCCUGGCCAAGAAACCCGCCAGCAUGCCCGCCAGCCAGCCCAUCAAGACGGAGCCGGCGCACCACCAUCAGCACCACCACCACCACCACCACCACCAGUACGUCCAUCCGUACUCGAACUCCGAUGGCGAGCUCUCGGCCUCGGAGGACUUCGACAGCCCCAGCCGCACCAGCACGCCCAUGAGCAGCGCCGCCGAAAGCCUGUCCUCCCAGAACAACGACAAGCUCGACGUGGAGUUCGACGACGAGCUGGAGGACCAGCUGGACGAGGACCAGGAGAGCGAGGACGGCAACCCCAGCAAGAAGCAGAAGAUCAGCGCCGGCAGCGACACCAAGAAGCCGCCCUACAGCUACAACGCCCUCAUCAUGAUGGCCAUCCAGGACAGCCCCGAGCAGCGGCUGACUCUGAACGGGAUCUACCAGUACCUGAUCAAUAGGUUCCCCUACUUCAAGGCCAACAAGCGCGGCUGGCAGAACUCCAUCCGCCACAACCUGAGCCUGAACAAGUGCUUCACGAAGAUUCCCCGCAGCUACGACGACCCCGGCAAGGGCAACUACUGGAUCCUGGACCCCUCGGCCGAGGAGGUCUUCAUUGGCGAGACCACCGGCAAGCUGAGGAGGAAGAAUCCCGGCGCCAGCCGCACUCGCCUUGCCGCCUACCGCCAGGCCAUCUUCUCGCCCAUGAUGGGCGCUGCGCCCUAUGGAACCCCGGCUCCUGGCUAUGGAUACCCCGGCGCAGUUCCCUUCGCCGCUGCCGCCGCCGCCGCCCUGUACCAGCGCAUGAAUCCCGCCGCCUACCAGGCUGCCUACCAGCAGAUGCAGUACCAGCAGGCUCCCCAGGCGCCCCACCACCACCACCAGUCGCCCCAUCCCGCCCAGAUGCAGGGCUACCCGCCCCAGCUGAACGCCGAGCUGUUCCAGCGCAUGCAGUUCUUUGGCAAGUUCCCCUCCAGCUAAGUGUCCCUGGCAGCCGGCGCAACACCAAGCCCAGCGCUUUGGAUCCACAGAAAAAACCCAGGGACUAGGGUCGCUGGGGGGAGGAACUAGGACUAGUAGGACUCACCUACUCAUCCCCCCGCAAAGAAAACCCUUGACGUCUAAAUGCCGCCAUUUAGCAAAUUCUUUUGGUCACUUCCCACUGACCGCUUCGCGUCUUCAGCGGGUCCUCCGAAUCGACCUGGAAAGUCGAUGGUCAGCAAGGAACCAGCUCCGAGGACUGCCGGUCCUAGACCGAGGCCAAUUCUUCGCCAGCCGAGGGCCCUUGUAGUUUGCCUACCAACUUUGUAUAUAUUUAGUUAAGAAAUAAUAACAAAAAUUGCAAAAAAAUCAAUAAAAAAUAUAUUUUAAAACAAAAA